UACCACUCAUGGGAGGAAAAAAACAGAAACUGUGAGAGGGCGGAGUGAGAUAACUAGAUUAAAAUAUGCUCCGAGUUGAGUCAUUUCCACGCAGCUGCAGCUGAGGUCAGUCACUGUGUUUGAGGUGAAAUCACUGUGAGAGCUUAAAUGGACAUUAAGGAGCUCGGAUAUAAGUUUUCACUCUCCCCUUUAAUCCUACGCCUGACUCUCGUCGCCUGUUUGCUGCUGUUCACCUGCACACCUGCUGGAGGUCAGUACCGAGUGAUUGGAUCCAAUCAGCCAAUCGAGGCCGCUCCGGGUGAUGACGUCGUCCUGCCGUGUUGCGUGGAUCCUCCACAAGACGUGGUGGGACUAACAGUGGAGUGGUCAAAGCCCGACCUUCGGCCCGAUCCCAGGGAUCGGCUGAGUCGGGUCCAUUAUGUCCACCUGUACCGGGACGCCCGUGAGGUUCCAGACAUGAAGAUCCCAUCGUACAUGAUGAGGACGGCGCUGUUCGCAGAAGGCCUGAGACAAGGCAACAUAUCGCUGAAGAUCACUAAUGUGACGCUGGAAGAUGGAGGGAGAUACAGAUGUUUCAUCCCAAAGUUAAAGAGCCAAAUGCAGUCCUCAAUUGUUCAUCUUGUUGUCAAACCAGCUCCAACAAAAGCUGGGACAACAGAGACGCCACUAUUUACCAGAAACCUUCAAACUCCAGAUCCUGAGGAAGAGAAGAACAAUAGUGGUGAUUUUCCCCGUCGGUCCAGACUGAUGCUACCUCUCUUGUUCUUGCUGAUCGUGGUUGGUGUAGCUGCAGGAUAUUUACAGAUGCAGAGGUCUAAGAAAACAAAAGAGCCUAUAGCAGUGCCUACAGUGUAGAUGUCUUGCUCACUGGUAAACACUGUAAAUGGAGAUCAGAACACUACCACUUACUGAGGUCUAAUAGUUGGAGCUGGACUCACUGGAUCUGCAGGAGGGAAUUUUGUGAAGUGGAGACAUGAACUUUGACCCUGGUAUCGAUGACAGUGGCUUAGAUUGUGACGCCUGGAGAGUUUAAAUGCAAAUGUCUGAAGCUGUGUUCACACUGAAACUGAACACAUGCUGAUAGAUCUGCUGAGCCCAGCUCCUGGUUCAGGACGCAUCAGCAAUCAUGGCAUUGUUUUGAAACUGACUUUGUUUUUUUAAGCUUAGUUUUCUGUCAUGUGAGCUGACAGUAGAAUUCCCCUAUACUAAUGGAGACUUUUGUUGACGCUCCCUCAACAGUGUGGCCAUUGAACAGGACAUCUAUCUCCAACCAGUAGAUCUAUAGUUAUAUUUUUAUAUGAUGUUAUUUAUUUAAAUGUGACUAUUUAAAUGUUUCUUUUUCCUAAAUUACAGUUCUUGUUGACCAGGAACAUUAAUUUCUUAUUAUUGUUAUUAUUACUCAAAUAAAACACAAAUGAUUACAGUGUGUUCACAUUAUGUACUUUGACUAAUGUAUCUGUGUUUAAGGUCAGUGGUUCCUCCUACAGCUAUCAGCUACAUUCAGUGAUAAGCACCUGCUGAUGAAUUUGUUCUUUAAGUUAUCUGUGACAGUAGUUAGCAAAUAUGUUCAACAAUGAGUCAGUUUUUCCCAGUAUUGUUCAGUCGUGGGAACUAAGUUAGUUUACAGGCUUGGCAGAGAAACAGCUUAAUUUGUGGUUGAACUGAAGUACUGUUGCUGCUGCAAUUAGAUGUUAAAGGAUCACCCUGGGAUUUUUUAACCUUUUGUCAAUGGAAUCUGGUAACAAUAAAAUGGUUGUUUCUGGUUAAACAAAAACAAUCUCACUUCCUCUCCAUAAUGUCGUCAGAUGCUUUAAGUGAAGGAUCUACUUCAUCCACCUCUGAAAGUCACACAACACCAUAUCAAACUAUCUGAUCAAGGCAGCAGUAGACCAGCAACUUCUGUGAUCUGCUUGGUAAAAUCACUGUUUUUGCCAAUGGAGUCUGGUAGUGAUAUAUAGAGGUAUUUCUUUUUAAACAGCUCUUUAAUAAAAAGUUCUAUCUCUGUAGGAACCCAUAUCCAUCAUGUUGGAUGAUUACACUGUUUGAUCACAUCGGGAUAUAUUGUUCUAUCAAUACUGCACCGAUCACAAAUGAAGGUUCACAAAUCCAACAACAUUGAUGCUGGUUUACUGUUUGGGCAUUUUGGUGUUUUGGCAUUAAAUUCCACAUAGACUACAAGUAUUUUUAGACUGAAAAACACAGAGUGUUUCCAUUUUCGUUAAAUUGACCACCUACCUGUUUUUAGUUUACAUUCCUCAGUGCUAAAAAUACAUGUCUGUAUCAGACAGCAGAAAACCGAGGGAUGUUGUGGAAACAUUUGAUCAUUGUAAAACUGUGACAGUUAUUGAAGGUGUGACAAAUGUAAAUCAAGAAAGCAGAUUUUAUCCAGAGUUGAUGGAAACUCUUGUCUUUUCUGUCCCAGAAACUGAAAUCCAGCAUCCGAUUUCUAUGUUUAGUAUGAUAAUAUUUAAUGUGGGUAGGUUUACAUAAAAAGAGAAGAAACUGUGUAUAUACAGGUAGGGGAAUGAAGAGGUGACAAUGUGAGUGAAAAGAUGAUAAUGAGGCUAAAAAAAAUCAAAGGUAGUUGAGAGUGUGGAGGAUGGAUUGCAGCACAAGUCUUGCUAAUGAGUGGGAAAAUCAUUUGGUGAAGAAAAACAGGAUGUAUGUGCAUGUGCUUUCUUGUGGACUAAUGAAACAACAAACUAUCACAAUGGUGGGAAGAACAACUCAUUACCCAAAGCCACCACAUCAUAUGUCCAACGUGGUGGUAGUUCUGUUAUGGCUUGGUCACGAAUGGCUGCCAUUGCAGCUGGCACACCAACUUUUUGAGUUUUCUGUGUGAUUAGAUUCAGCCGAAUGCAUCCAAACUCAUUGGACAUAAUUUCAUCAUUCGGCAGGACAAUGAUCCUAAACAUACGACCAAAGCAACUGAAGACAUUUUCAGGGUGAGGAGGUAGAAUAUUCACAACUGGCGAAGUCAAUCUGAUUCACCUGCUGAAGACCAGACUAAAGACAGAGACUCAACAACGAGGAAGAUCUGAAAGAGGCUGCAGUGAAGAGCUCAGGGGACGAUGCAAAGUAUCUGCUGAUGUCUAUGAGUCAAGGACUUUAGUAAAGGUUUUCCCCUAAAUAUUAAAAGUGAUGAUUUAGUUGGACUUAUGUGAAUCUGUCCAAUUACUUUUGAAGUCUUAAACCUUAAGCACUGUGUCUUAAAAGGACAAAAUCUCCCUCAGUUAUUUCUUUGAACUUGACCAUGACCAUGAAUUCUCACUGUCUAUGAAUUUUUUGAUCUUACUCAUUGAUAUAUGUCCAAUGCCUUUGUUUGACAUUUCUAUGCCUGGUCUAUGUCUAGUUUUUUUUUUUUUUUUUAAAUGUACUAUUAUACUAGGAAGUGUAUCAAGUGACACACACCAGAGUUUGAUCUCUCUGUACCCGAUGUAGAGUUUGGUCUGAAAAUGUUUAAGAUGUCAAAUAUUUAAAGUGAAUGUUCAACAGUGUACAGGGCAGAAAUCACAGUUACAGUGAUUUACUGGGUCAUGUGAGAGUUCAAAUGUUGAGUAAAAGAGGCCAUGUGGGAGACCACCACAUCCUCUGCCCACAUCAUUUCCACAGCUGAAGCCUUGUGACUCAUGACACAACAAACCAAUAGACCAAUAGACCAAUAGAUAGAUAGAGGACAGUCUAAAUGCAGCGGGCAAUAAUGACUUCCUGCAGGGUUCAGUCUGAACAACAUCCUGCCAAACAAACAAAGGAGCAACCAGCUGUUUACCUUCCUGACCCAGUUUUCCUUAUUUCAUUCACUGCAUCAUAACUCUCAGCUUCCUCCUUUCAUACUAUCCUUCUUCAUCUAAAAUAUGGACACUGAUUCCAUGAUGGUGAAAUGAAGCGACUUGAGGCACUGAACCAUUCAGAGAUGGUUUGAGAAGAGGUUAAUUUCUUGAUCCUUUGUGUUAACAGUGCGACAUCUACUGGUCAGAAUGUGAAACUGACAAAUACAAAUGUUAGUCUUACAAAUGAAGUAUCAAGAGAAACCAUGUUUUAGGUUAAUUAGCCGUGCUGUGCUGUUCUGACUGAACAGACUCCUCUGCCAUUGAGAACAGUCUUUUAAAGUGCACAGGUGAGGCUGGUGACACAAAAAACCCAGACCAGACCAACAAAAACGAUGUAGUUAGAAGAUGACUGCAAAUAAAUAAAUAAAUUGGGUGAAUUAAGUCAGGUAAUACAUUAGCAGCCAAUCACCAAACAAGUUAUUGCCCUGUUUCUACAAAUGUUCUUUUCAUAAAACCACCAUUUUGACUGGUCUGAAGGAUGGGCUGAACAAAGAUUAAAAUAAUCAGUGAUCCCAGAACUUACAUGGUAAACCAUGAGCCAUGUUGAUUUUCUCUUUUUGGUGAUAAGAGUGCUGCAGCUAAAACAAUAAGGGUGUAGGAUGUUGCAUUUUAUUAACUUCUUGGCUUACCCUCCAAAUGUUAUCAUAAUAUGCUUUUUAUGGAGAAGGGUUUUGAGUGACUUCCAAAUUCAUUCAGAACAACAAUGGAUGUACAAACACAACAUUAUCAGUGCAAAAAUAAGUAUAAAACUCAUAUCAUGUGCACCUUCUGCCCAGAAUUUAGGAGAUGUCACAGUCCCUUAAUGUUGCACUGACACUCUUGAUUGACAAACACUCACACUGGCUUCUGGUAUUAGCUUCAGUACCCAGGUUUCUCCCUAAUUAGUAAAUGACUGUGUGAGCACAGCAUGCUGCCCAUUCAAAGUUAUUGACAGGCUUGACCAGGAGGUGUCACCACCACCUAGAAAACCAAGUUAUAAAGUGAUUUUUACACCACAAACAAGCUAAUUCCUCUGGAAAGACAUUCAGGUCUCUAGAAAGCAGCACAACAGCAGCAACAGCAGCAGCAGCAGCUCUACUGGUCAAACUCUACUUUACCUCAAGUCUCUGUUUCACUAAAUCUACUAAAACAACAGUAAACAUCUGGUCAACAGUAUGAAAAUGACUUACCCUGUUGGUCCAUGAGGCUGCUUCUCCUGCAGUCUGACCUCUGACCUUUCCACCUCUCUCAUCGUCUUCAUGCACUGAGAGAAACAAACAAACAGAGAGAGAGAGAGGACCAACAUCAGAUUACAUCCAUCAUGAAUAAUGGGGCAUUUCUGUCACAGUGAAUCAGCAAUUAUAAGAGAAUUGUACCAUUAUUAUUGUUAUAACUUAAUCCUGUGAUCACUGAUGGACAUUGUUAGAAAAUAUAAUACAUAACAUUUCCUUGUGUUCUGUAUAUAAUGUGUACAUACUGUAAAUAAAUCAUUAUUUAUAUGAG